CUUCCCCGCUACGCUUUCCCUCCUUUUUAGUCUCCGCUAUUCUCUUACGAGGAAAUCGAGAACGCAGAGAUGGAGAAGAGCGAAACAACAGACGAUGCGAAUCGGCCAUGGCAAUCCUAUCACACUGUUUACACCAGCGCCAAAGCAGGAAUGGAUGGUGUUGACAAGGAGAAAGUGCAAAGAAUAGUAUAUGAAAUGAGUAAGGGGUCCAAGUAUUUUGAGAAUGAGGAGCGGAAAGAGGCCUUUAUAAGGCAGAAAAUAGAGCACAUGCGCGCCAGAUGUGCGAAACUCACAGCAGCUGAAAUAUCUCAUUAUCAAAAGGUGGCAGAUAAAAAAAUUCUAGAGCUAGAAACAACACGUGAUAUCGCGAGGAUUUGGCUACAUGUAGAUAUGGAUGCUUUCUAUGCAGCUGUGGAAACUUUGAGUAAUCCUUCUUUAAAGGGAAAACCAAUGGCUGUUGGCAGCAUGUCUAUGAUCUCCACAGCCAAUUAUGAGGCAAGAAAAUUUGGGGUUCGUGCUGCAAUGCCUGGUUUUAUCGCGCGUAAAUUAUGUCCAGACUUGAUUUUUGUUCCCACUGACUUCAAGAAGUAUGCAUACUACAGUGAUUUAACAAGAAAAGUUUUCCAGAAAUAUGAUAUUAACUUCAUAGCGACCAGUCUAGAUGAAGCAUACCUUGAUAUAACUGAGGUCUGUAGAGAAAGGGGUCUUGCCAGUGGAGAAAUCGCAGAAGAACUCCGAUCCUCCAUUUAUGAAGAGACUGGUCUGACAUGUAGUGCUGGAGUAGCACCAAAUCGCAUGCUUGCUAAGGUAUGUUCUGAUAUAAAUAAGCCGAAUGGACAGUUCAUUUUGCCAAAUGACCGGAUGGCUGUCAUGACAUUUAUAUCUUCUCUUCCCAUAAGAAAGAUUGGAGGAAUUGGUAAGGUCACUGAACAUAUCCUAAGGGACGCUUUUGGAAUUACCACAUGUGAGGAGUUAUUGCAAAAGAGCAGUUUACUCUGUGCGCUUUUCUCUCAUUCUACAGCAGAUUUUUUUCUCUCUGUUGGACUGGGACUUGGGAAGACUGAUACUCCACCUGUUAGGUCUCGCAAAAGUAUUAGCAAUGAGAGAACAUUUUCAGCCACAGAGGAUGAGACAGUACUUUAUCAGAAAUUAGCUGAAAUAGCAAAGGUGCUAUCUGCUGACGUGCAAGAAGGUGGUCUUUUUGGGCGAACAUUGACUCUUAAAAUGAAAACCGCGUCCUUUGAGGUAAGGACCAGAGCAGUGACUUUGCAAAAAUAUAUUUGCUCAUUUUCUACUGACAAACAUGAGACAUGUCAUAAUGAAUUUGGGGCGCCAGUUGAAGGUUUAACUGAUCUAGAUGGCAAUUAUUUCACUUUCAGAAGCAAUGCUGCUGUAGUGGAGGAAUCUCAUGAACCUUCAGGAAUUGAAAAUGUGGAUAGGGUAUCUGAUAAGCCUAAAGUGCGUAUUGCAGAUGAUACAUUUCAUAUCCCAAAGUCUUUUGGAAAAUCAGAAAUGUUGAAAGAAGAUUUGAAUCUCAGAAAAGUUGAGUAUAGCAACCAUGAUGUGCUGGUGGAGAAUGCUGAUGAUCUAGUGAGUGGAGCUGCUUCUACAUCCAAUCAGAGUGAGCCAUUAUUAUUAUGGAUUGAUGGCUACAAGUGUUCUCUGUGCGGGAUGGAGCUGCCUCCUUAUUUUGUUGAGGAAAGGCAAGAACAUUCUGAUUUCCAUCUCGCCAAGAGACUUCAAAUGGAAGAAUCUGCCCCUCAUUCUAGAGCUCCUCAGCUGAGACAAAGGUCUAUUGAGAUUGAUACUGCUGCAAAUCAAGGGAAACGGAAGAAGCAAAAGUCAUCUUCAAGAGAAUGCAGAUAUGUCCCAAUCGAUAUGUUCUUUGUUAAAAGCAACCAAAACUUCUCGAACUGAAACUUGCAUAUUUAUUUAUUCUAUGUAUAUAAUUCUCCUAUAUUCUUUAGGCUGGGAAGAUGCUCAUAAUGCAUUACCUAAUAGAAUUGAACGUUUGGAAUUUCA